AUGCAUAUCGACAAGGUGGCCAUUUUAGGCUCCGAGACUAUUCAUGUUGGGUACCGUAUCCAGGAACAUAUUGUCAGACAGACCCUCACUACGAAAGCCUCCUCUACUUAUGUGAUAAUAAGCGACAAGAAUAUGGCCCAGACCACCGCCUACUCCAAAUUGGUGCAAGAAUUCAAGGCUGGGCUUAAGGAGUUCCGUCCAGAAUCAAGGCUUCUACUUUACAAUGUUUCACCUGGCGAAAAUAACAAGAGCAGAGAAACCAAAGCCGCCGUUGAGGACUUUUUACUAGAGCUGGGAUGUACCAGAGAUACCGUCAUUUUGGCAGUUGGAGGUGGUGUUAUUGGUGAUAUGAUUGGUUUCGUGGCAGCUACGUUCAUGAGAGGUGUUCGUGUCAUUCAAGUUCCUACCACUUUAUUGGCCAUGGUGGAUUCUUCCGUGGGUGGAAAAACUGCCAUCGAUACGCCAUUGGGAAAGAACUUUAUCGGCUCUUUCCACCAGCCCGAUUACGUUUUUGUGGAUGUGUCUUUCUUGGAGUCUUUGCCUGCCCGCCAAUUCAUCAAUGGAAUGGCAGAAGUGGUGAAGACUGCGGCGAUAUGGAAUGAGACUGAAUUUUCGAGACUAGAAAAUUUCGCCAGCACCUUCUUGAAGGUGGUCAAUGCUCCGGAUUUAGAGCUUGUUCUGAUAAAGGAAGACUUGGUGAAAACGGUGUUGGAGUCAAUCAGAGUUAAGGCGCAGGUUGUGUCGUCUGAUGAAAAAGAAGCAGGCUUGAGAAACCUUCUCAAUUUUGGACACACUAUCGGCCAACGCAAUUGA